AUGGAAUCGUUUGCCGAAGGGCGUGUGGAACAGCGACUGCAAGCAGCUUUGGAACGGGUUCGAGUCAUACUGGAUGCAACGAAAGAUCCGCAAGCAGCUGGCGACGUUCACCAUCAGUAUGAAGACAAGUACUUGCUGGUGGAGGGCGUGACCAAUGCGGCAAUUGCGUCGCAACUGAACUCGCUUGGCGCUUUGGGCCUCACCAUGCAGCACGUGCAGAAGCUCCAAGAAUGGUCCAAAGAAAAAGUCGUGUCGUUCCAAUUCAUCGCCGAGGAGGCAUGUAACUACCUGCGGGAGGAAACGCGAGAAGAAGAAGAUCCGACAAGGCAUGUCGAAGAGGUUUCUGUCCGCGGUGCUCUCCAGGCGGCCUUCACCAGCAAGGUGGUUACGAAGAUAACAGAGUACUUCUGGAAGUUUGAAGCCAAGUAUGAGCUUCUAGCAAUCAGAGGAGUCGGCGAAACUGCGGAUGACAGGCUGUGCUUGAUGACGCGCACAGGACAAGCAGAGUUGAUAACAUCGGCGAAGCAGUCACCGCGACCGGAGGUGAAGAAGCCCGCGGUCAAAUUGCAGGUGAAUGCGAAUUGGCUCUUCCGCAAUUUGAAGAACGACAAGGUUGCGCCUGGUUUCACUGUGAACCGGCUUGCCAAAGACUGCAAAACUCCGAGACGCAACGAAGAUGUCCAGCAGGCAUACCACCACUGCGAGCGCGUUGCCGUUUUCGCCAAGCAGGCAUCCAGCUAUCUCUCUGGGCUUUUCCAGAUACAAACUGCCGCCAAGAAGUCCCUGGACCUCGCAGCCCUCCGAGGAGAUGACAGUGUCUUCAGCCCUGUACUGCCUGUCAUGGUUCAGAGCUCGCAGGCGGCGAUCGAGGAUCUAGGUCCUGCCGGGGAGGCCCUGGUCCUUGUGGAGUCAGUCCAUGAGGAGGCCCAAAGCAACGUGCAGAUGACUGUCCAGGACUCUAACCGGCUGCUUCAGGAAGAAGUGCGGACUCUGAAAGGGAAGCAGGCCGAUCUUGCAGAGGCCUUCCCGGAAGAUGGCCUUGCCACGAGGACAGAGGCCUUUGCGGUCGUCGCCUUGCAGCAUGUCGCCCGAGUGUGUUCCAGCUGGGCCGAUGCAGUCGGCUACGUAGAGGACAUGCUCCGCAAGCAGUUAGCUGCCGCCAUCGGCAAGGAAGUUUCUCCGGCAGACUUUGCAGCAUAUAUGAGGUUUCAUUAUCGCAAGCUCUUCCACGAGGCAUUCCUGCCGAAGCCUCUCUGCUUCUCCGUUCGCCGUUCUGAUACGCACAGCCCGGAGGGAACCGUGAGCAUCGAAGAAGCGGUAGUGGGGCCGGGUGGCGACUCCAACAUCAACAGUCCCAUCGUGACCAUGGUGGCUAGCACUGCCGAGUCGGCUCCCAUGACUUUUCCGCUCAACGCGUCGACAAACGUGACUUUCGCUGGGGAGCGGCACCUCCACGCCUGGCUCUCGCACCAGUUCUCGGGACAGUCGGGCUGCGAGCUGUCGUUGGUGGCACGCGCCAGGCAGUUCAGCUCAAUGCUAGUUCUGAUCGGACGAGUUUCGUCUGCAACCAGCUUCGACCCGAAGUAUGCAGCCAUCAUCCAGAACAAGGAUGAGCUGACCAUACCUUUGAAUCUGUCGACGAUCCCAUCCCCAAAGGAGUUCAAAGAUGCCAUCGAGUCUCUCUCACCAGAGCAGCAAGCCUUCGCGAAAGCCUUCCGCGCGAUGCAGCUGGAGUCGACACUGUUCGGCGUGCUGGUGGUGCAGAUCAAGCCGCAGCUGGAGCGCGUGCUGAACCUGGCGGACGACAGCCUGACGAAGGAGAUCAAGCUCACACAAGAUUUGAUGCAGCUUUUCAUCAAGUAUCAGAUCCCCAGUGACUUGCUCUCCUUUGACGCCACCUCCGGCGAGGCGGAGCUCUUGAAUCCCACAGCGGCCGAGCGCUUGGAGCGCGUGAAAGGACAUGUGCAGGCGAUGCACGAGAUGCUGGCUCAGGCUAAGCAAGAGGAGAUCCAGGAUCGAGAGCAAGCAGUUCUCUACGACGAUCCCUUUGCGAACCAGCCGAAAGGCAAGGGUGCUGCUCUCAAACACAGAGCCCGGCCGCAAGCUGCAAUGAAGCAUGCAAUCCAGCUUUCAGCUGCCCCGGCUCCCGUGCUGCACGCGCAAUCCGCGAUGAUGCCGGUGCCAGCGCCACCGUGCGCUGCAGCGGGCGCCGCGCCGGUCCUUUGUGGAGCUCCUCCCCCCGCACCGCCGCCACCGCGGCAGCAGCAGGAGCCGCAGCAGCAGCAGUCGGUGCCGCAGCCCACUCAGAAGUUUCCCGAGGAAGCCGGUUCGGUAGGGGCCAGCUCCGGCACCCGGGACUACACGCAGGUGCCAGUUGAAAUGGACCAGCGCUUUGAGAAGCUAGACACCGACAAUUCCCUCCGGCCGACCAUCAUCAAUCCCGGUGAGAGGUGGACAAAGCAGUCUCAGAAGGCGUUGUUGGCCAGCCCUUCUACGUCUCAUCUGUCCAAAGCAGAGCAGAAGACGGAAAGAGAGGCCGCCUUCGACCUCCUGGAUGCCCUGACGAAGUCUGGAGCUUUGCCCCUGACCCACGCGAGCCUGCACGUGGUAAUCGCAGCGACGCAUUGCUUCGACAAGACCGUCACGGAGACCGUCAUCCAGAACAACGUCAACCCCAUUGCGAAAGUUGAGCGAUCCUCACUCAUCAUGGCCUCCACGGUGCAUCAGAAACCGGUGCAAGACCUCAUCAAAGAUGAGCAAGUCCAGAGAGUGACGGACGCCUCCCCGCAGCUCUUCCUGGAAGACGCUAGCUGA